UAUUCAGGUGAUUGUUACGGUGCUAGGACUAGUGGGCGGAGCCCCUAGUAAAAAUUCAGCAGGCCGCGGCCGGGCGAUGCGCGCGCGCGGCGCGUUGGCCGUCGCGAGCUUCCUUCUCGUGGAAGAGCUGUAAUCUACGCGGUGAAAGGGAGCUGGAGGAGUGCCUGCUCCAUCGAGGCGCGAGCGCGCGUGCGGGGCCCCGCAGGAUUUUCGAGGCGGAACGCCUCCGGUCUCGCGUCUCCGCGGGGCCCCAACGGCUGCCCCACAGAACUCAGUAACGCUCCUCUCGCGAGCACCACUUGCGUGGGCAGGCCGCCUGCCACCGCUGGGCUGCCCUUUCAUCUGAACAGAUGGAGGUAUCAUAAGCGCUGGGAUGUCGGGCUUUGAACGCGGCGACGACCGCGCGACGAUGCUCAAGCGCCAUGAGGACACGUCCAAGGUCGUCCAAGGCGGCCUCAUGGCCGUGAGCGCCCUGCUCUCGUUGGGCAGCAACCUCCCGCUCGUCGGCCAGCUCUGCGAGGCGGCUAAGGGCUGCCUCGACUCGGCGGAGGAGUUCAAAAGCAAAGCAAAAGAUGUCACCAUCGCGGCGCGGCGGGUCUGCGACGUCUUGGAUAUUGUGUAUCUAAUGGCGCAGAACGUCGACCGCCUCGAAGAAAAGGCGCUCGUGGAGUCGAAGAUGCGGAGAUUGGUGGACUUGCUCGUCAAGUUCAACGCGGCGGUGCGAAAGUUCGGGAAGAAGGGCUGGAUGAAGCGCGCCUGGACGAUGCGCGGCCACGUCGAAUCGCUGACCUCCCUCGACAAGGAGAUCGUGUCGCAGCUCGACGUGUUCCGCGACGCCUACCGCUUCGCGAGGGACAAGGACAUGAUCCAGCGCACCUACAACAUCGAGGCGUCCAUGAACCAGCUCGUCGAGGCGCGCGUCCGCGAGACCGGCGAGCCCGAGGGAACGGUGGUGGCGGUGCUCUCGAACGACCCCGUCGCGAUCGCGUCGGUCGCGGUCGACGCGGACCUACCGGCGGCGGAGCUUGCGAGCGAGCUGAGCGAGGUCAGGGAGAGCCUCGACGGUCUGAACAAGAAGAUGCAAAAUAUGCUCGACUGCAAGCAGGGUGACCGCGCGAAGAUCGCCAAGGUGUUAGCUGCCGUAAAAGCGGCCGUGGCGCGCGACGAGAAGCUGCUGGCCGCCGUCCAAGACGGCAGUAAGAAGCUCGACGACCACGCGAAACGCUCCGCCUCGUAUCACGCCGAGACUACGGACGGCAUCAACGAGCUCAAGGCCAAGAUCGAUGCGCUGCAAAUGAAUGAGGCGACGAUCCAGGACCAGUACGUGUACGACCCGUACGACUCGGAUGACUCGGACCAGGAGGCGUCGCUAUUGGGGUGGGGCUCCUUCGGGUCGACACAUAGAAUGAAAGGCAGGGAGGAUGGGCGCGUAUGCGCCGUCAAGCUCAUCAACAUCAAAAGGGCGGGCGUCGGCGUCGAGAAGCUGCGGGAAGAGGCCGCGCGGCUCUCGAUGCUGGAUCAUCCGAACAUCGUCAACUACUUCACGGCCUACCGCUUCAAGAAGAACAGAUUCUUCGCCAUCGUCAUGGAACUUUUGAAGGGCGGCUCGCUGCUAGAGCGCCUCCAACGGGCGUCCGGGCCGCUCACGAGCGACACAGGCGAGCGCGCGGCAGCUACUGAGAAAUGGACGACGGAGGUCGCGUCGGCCCUGGCGCACAUGCACGAGCAACGGAUGCAGCACCGCGACCUCCAUCCCGGCAACGUGCUCUUUGAC